AUGACAAGCUCGUUGACUAUUCUUACUGCAUCAGUGCUGUCGGCGUUUCUGGCUGCCGAUGCGUGCCAACCGGAGAAUGUGGACCGAUGCGUGAAGGGCGUGUACGACAGCUCCAAGGGUGACCCGGCCUUCCUUCCGCUGAGCUCGGAACAGCUGUCGCACUUUUGCACGAGAGUGGUCGACGCGAGAGGCUGCAUAAUGAGGGAAUCGGAGGGUUGUCCCGACAGAGCGAGGUCCUUCCUGGAAGCCACAAUGGAAGGUCUUAAGGUCGCCUACGAAGACCUCUGCAAGAGCCACCAUCUGCAAAAGAAUGCUGUGUAUCUACGGACGGCGCAGUGCAUUCGUCAGAACCCUGCCACGCAUUGUAUGUACCUGUACAUCAACCAGCUAGACUCAAUUGUGGGCUCCAACGCUACUGCCAAAAUGCAGAUGGCUUGCUGCAACAUGCAGUUUUACUCACUGUGCGCCCGUGCUUCCAUCACGAAGACGUGCGGUGAGACCGCGGCAGACCAGGUAAUGGACCUGAUAAACGGCAUGGCGCAGGCGCCAAUCCUGGCCAGCUGCGGAAACAACAUACCCGGCUCAGAAAAGUGUCGCAAUGCCCCUUACAUCACAGCUGACAAAGUGAUGGUGCCUAAGGGUACCGUGCUUUCACGUACAGCUCAAGAUCAUCCUCGAAGAGUCGUGAUCGAACUUAGCGGGUAAUAAAGUGCUCUAAUACCUGUGGUGUAUCGGCGUUGAAAACUGUUGGUUGCUUGUUUUGCGCGAGUGCUGUUACAUGCACGUACUCCAGAAAAUCUUCCCAUUCAUAAUGAGACGCCCGAACUGCGACACAUGUGUACCUCCUACAAAAUACUAUGUUAAUAUUUGCUGUUACUAAGGCUGCAUGUCCGGCUUUUAUUAGCAAUCGUUUAUUU